AUGGCCCCAGACAUGGCCGUGUCCAUGCGCCGUACGAAGCUGAAGGCGGAGGAGGCGGCUCUCCUGGCCGGCGAGGUCAACAAGCCCUCGUGGGAGUCCAGGAACGAGGGCAUCCACGAGAGGGUCAGCUUCGAAGACUCUAUCUGGGGCUUCGACCUGGCCGGCGGCUUGUUUUAUAAGACGCCGUUGAGGGUUACUUAUGUUAAACCCGACAGCAGGGCCGAGAAGGCUGGCAUCCGCCCUGGAGACAGGCUGAAGAGGAUCAACGACAUCGACACCUCAACCCUCACCAUCCAGGAAGCCCACGAGAUCAUCAUCGAAUCGGGCAUCCACCUCCGAUUGGCUGUUACAGCACCCGAAGAUGAAGAGGAUUCUUACCAUUGUUAUGAAGAUCCCAUUGACAAUGGUUACGACAGCGAGGAGGAAAGAAGGAAAGAAGAGGAGAGAGCCAGGAAGAGACAAGUCCAUGCUAAAGUUAGCUCUUACUGGAGUUUACAAUGGCCGUGGGUGAGCAAACGGAGAGUUAUUUACCGGGAAUCCAACUGUUUCAUGGUGCCGAGCAAAUAUGAGGGUAAACACAGAGAUAAGUUCCCCGACCAACCCGUCCUCAGAUUGGACAAUUCCGUACAAUUUAAUACGAUCAGCUCAAAAACAGACCGAAAACGUGUAGAUGUAACUGAAACGACAGAAACGAUAGAAGAAAACGGGGUCGAAGUAAUGAAAUCUGAACCAGUUGAAACUAAAACUGAAUUGUUUUAUGAUAAUGCUGAUAGUAAUAACAACGUUAUGGUAAAUGGCGAUACAGAGGUACAUAAUGGAGUAAAUGGCCAUAUCAAGGAAUCAGAUGAAGACGAGAGUAUUGAAGAAGUUAGCCAAGAAGAUAAUAGUAUAAUUGAAAAUGGAAUAGAAACUGAAGAUAUAGCACAAAAUGAUAGAGAAAAUACAAAAGAUGAUGAUGUAAUAAACGAAGUCUUAGAAUCUAGCAAAGUAGAUGAGAGUGAUGAUAGUAUUCUAGACAGCAUCCUUAGUGAUAGUGAAAAUAACGAAAAUAAUAGAGCGAUUGAAAGAUAA